AUGCAAAUCAGCGGAGGGGGGAGGGGGCCUGCGCGCGAAGGAAGCGCCAAUGACGAACGAGACGGCGCCUUCGUCACAGACGACGAGAAGCCCGCCGACUGCGCGCGCAGCCGCCGCCGGUUCCCGGACCCCGCCCUCUCCCGAAGGGGCGGGGCCGUCCGUCGCCAUGGGGACGGCGUCGGGGCCGAGGCCCAGGCGCCGCCGCCCCCACUGAGAAACCGCGGGGCCGCGCCUGAGAGGAUGAAGAUCAGCGCAGAGGGAAGCAGCGAGUCCGAGAACGAAACGGACGAGGAUGAAGACGAGGAGGAGGAGGAAGAAGAGGAGGAGGAGGAGGACGGGGGUCUCUCUGAUGAGUCUGCCAACGCCUGCCUGAAGAGGCUGGAGGAGGAAGACAAAGCUUCUCCCAGCAAGCCACCACAAGCCCCCUGCCCGGGGCGCCGAAGUAAGGCGGGGAGCGGGAAUGACCAGCCGGGGGUGUCCCCGGUCGAUCUGGAGGCCCAGGCCCCCGAGGAGUGGGAGGACGCCGAACAGUCAAGGAGGAAGAAAAAGAAAAAGUACAGGAUCCUGUCCAUCAAUCUCUCCAGCUGCAAGUACGAGAGUGUGCGGCGUGCUGCUCGGCGCUGCAGCCUGAAAGAAGUGGGCGAAGACGAGGAGUGGACGGUUUACUGGACUGACUGCUCUGUCUCCCUGGAGCGCGUCAUGGAGAUGAAGAGGUUUCAGAAAAUCAACCAUUUCCCAGGCAUGGCCGAGAUCUGCCGCAAGGACCUCCUGGCCCGCAACCUGAACCGCAUGCUCAAGCUCUUCCCCAAGGAGUACUGCAUCUUCCCCCGCACCUGGUGCCUGCCGGCUGACUACGGGGACUUCCAAGCCUACGGGCGACUAAGGAAGAACAGGACAUACAUCUGCAAGCCGGACAGCGGCUGCCAGGGGCGGGGCAUCUUCAUUACGCGCAACCCCAAGGAGAUCAAGCACGGCGAGCACAUGAUCUGCCAGCAGUACAUCACCAAGCCCUUCCUCAUCGACGGCUACAAGUUCGACAUGCGCAUCUACGUCCUGGUCACUUCCUGCGACCCGCUGAAAAUUUUUGUCUAUGAGGAGGGGCUGGCCCGCUUUGCCACCAUGAGGUACAUCGAGCCCAGCAGCAGCAACCUGGAUGACAUCUGCAUGCACCUGACCAACUACGCCAUCAAUAAGCACAACGAGAACUUUGUUCGAGAUGAGAACACGGGCAGCAAGAGGAAGCUGUCCACGCUGAACGCCUGGAUGCGGGAGCACGGCUACGACAUGGCCGAGCUGUGGCGCGACAUUGAGGACAUCAUCAUCAAGACCCUGAUCGCCGCCCACCCGGUGCUGAAGCACAACUACCGCACCUGCUUCCCCAACCACAUCUCGGGCUGCGCCUGCUUCGAGAUCCUCGGCUUCGACGUUCUCCUGGACAGGAAGCUCAAGCCGUGGCUCUUGGAGGUCAACCACUCCCCCAGCUUCACCACCGACUCACGGCUGGACCGAGAAGUGAAGGACGCCCUGCUCUGCGACGCCAUCAACCUCAUCAACCUGCGGGCCUGCGACAAGAGGAAGGUCCUGGAGGAGGACAAGAGGCGGGUCAAGGAGCGCCUCCUCCAAGCCCACCAGCCCCCGCGGGAAGCCAGACGUGAACAGAUGGAGAGCAGCCAGGCUGCCUGGCUGGCCCAGGCGGAGAAGUACGAGAACAGCCACCUGGGGGGCUACCGGCGCAUCUUCCCAGCACGCGGCACAGAGAAAUACGCGCCUUUCUUCAAGCACAGCGGAUCCCUCUUCCAGGAGACGGUGGCCUCCAAGGCCAGGGAGGAAUGUGCCAGGCAACAGCUGGAGGAGAUCCGCCAAAAGCAGGAGCAGAGAGACAGCACAGCUGGGAAGAAGAAAAGGGACGCCAAGGAGAGCUUGCAAGGCGAAUCCGCGGGGGAGAAGUCUCACGAGAAGGGCAGGGCCAAGCCUGCUCCCGCACGGCUCACGGCCAGCCACAGCAAGACCUGGAACCCAAAGAUGUCCUCUGUGCCAUACGACAGCAUGACUCCCCAAGCGAUCGUGGAGGAAGAGGAAGUGGAGCGGGUGAAAGCCCUCUUGCGGCGCGAGAACCUCAUCCGGGGGCUGGGCAUUGUAGACCAGCUGACCCGCCUGCUCCGGAACACGGAGCCACAGCCCGUGGAGAUCCAGAAGCCCAACGUCAACCUCUCGGAAAUGCAGCCUCACUUUCUCCAGGACACCUUCGGUAACUCCCAGCACCUGAUGACGUUCGUCCCCCUCUCCCUCCAAGAGCUGGGCCAGCAGAUCAUGCAGCAGCAGCAGCAGCAGCAGCAGCACCACCACCAGGCGGUGCCCCCCGAGCGGCUCCAGCUCCUGGGCAGCCAAGGCUUCAUCCCCUCCCUCCUGGGCGCCCUCUCCGGCCUGGGCCCGGAGGCCUCCUACAUCUCCCACUUCAAGCCGCAGCUCCACAUGCGGCCCCCCAAGAACAUGAGCUGGCUGGGCACGGCACUGGGGGGUGAGCCCUGCCCGCUGGCCCGGAUGCUGAAGGUGGGAGGGCGGCGAUUCGCCAGUGCCAAGAGCAAGGCGGAAGGCAGCAGCCCGGCGGCCACCCGGCGGCCGCUGUACCUGAGCGCCGGCUCCCUGAGCUCGCUGUCGCAGGCCGGCCGGGCCCCGAACCUCCGCCGGGACUCGCCGGAAGAGUGGCCCCUCUCCCACCUGGCCCGCAGUUUCGACGUGAGCCCCAACGUCAUCGCCAGGGUGUUGCACAGCCGUUUCUCGCCUUCCCCGGAGUGGGCGCUGAAGCAAGAGAGCCGCCUGGCAACGCUGCAGAGCGGCGGCAGCGGCUCUUCGGCCCCAGAAGCCCCCAUCCAGUUGCUGCUGCCUCCGCCACCACCCGAGGACCCAGGCGCUUGCCCCGGGCCUGGAGAUGGCGCCGAGGAAGAAAAGAGCCGGCCACGGCGCCCCUCCGCCCGCAAGCAGCCACCCACAGGGGCGCUGUGCGAAGCCGGCCAACCAGGAUCAGGAGGAGCCCUUGCUGCGAGUCGUGCAUAA